AUGGCCGUCCAGAAGCCGACCAAAUUCGACGCCCGGUCCCUUGCAGACCUCGACGAGCGCACGAAACGCGAAAAAGGCGUUACCGAUCAAUCCCCGAUGCGGUUACGAAUGGAGCAGUUCAUUCGCGAACAACAGAAAGAAAUCGUCUUCGCGCUGGAGCAGGUAGACGGCAAAAGCUUUCGCGAGGACACGUGGACUCGGGGAAAUGGAGGUGGUGGUACCUCGUGCGUCUUGCAGGAGGGCAAUGUGUUUGAGAAAGCCGGUGUAAACAUCAGUGUCGUGUACGGCACGUUACCGAAGCCGGCCAUUGCGAAGAUGCGCGCCAAUCACAAGAACCUGGCCGAAGACGUCGAUGAGCUCGAUUUCUAUGCCUUAGGGCUGAGCCUAGUCCUACAUCCAUUGAACCCCAUGGCACCAACGGUACAUCUGAACUACAGAUACUUCGAGACGAUGCGGCCCGACGGUACCUCGCAGGCGUGGUGGUUUGGUGGCGGCAGCGACUUGACGCCCAGUUACCUGUUCGACGAGGAUGCGGUACACUUCCACAGGAGCCUGAAGGAGGCAUGUGACAAGCACGACAAGGAAUACUACCCUAGGUUCAAGAAGUGGUGUGACGAAUACUUCUCCAACAAACACCGGAACGAGACGCGAGGCGUGGGCGGCAUAUUCUUCGACGACUUGGACGAGACAGUGGCAGACGCCGACAACACGUUUGCCUUUAUUCAAGACUGUCUGAAAAGCUUCCUACCCUCAUACCUCCCGAUCAUCGAGAAGAGAAAGGAUAUGCCAUUCACCGAGAAGGAGAAGGAGUGGCAGCAGGUGCGGAGAGGAAGGUAUGUUGAAUUCAACCUGGUACACGACAGAGGAACGGCCUUUGGUCUCAACGUCCCUGGCUCAAGAGUCGAGAGCAUUUUGAUGAGUCUUCCCCUGACCGCAUCCUGGCGAUACAUGUACGAACCCGAACCCAGAGGGAGAGAACAGAGACUCCUCGAGGUCUUGAAGAAUCCCAAAGAGUGGGCAUAA